AAGGGCUCUGAUGAGAGCUGCACAGCAUACACUAUCUGCACACUCUGCUGUGUUUCUUAUUUCAUAUCAAGUUUAGUGUGGUAUUUGCUGUAUUUGUUUUAUUUUAUUUUUUUUUUCAGAAAAGAGAAGAUGGGAGCUUCACAGGCACCACCACCACCACCACCACCAGAAUAUGAUGCACCAUGGAGGAAAACACCCUGGGGAGAGAAAGAAUGUUUGAAGAAAAACCUGAUGGAAUUUCAGCUGAACAAUCCAAAUUUUAAGUAUGUCCGGAUCUUGGUAAUUGGAGAAGUUGGAGCAGGAAAGUCCAGCUUCAUUAAUUCCGUCAGUAGUGUUUUCCAAGGAAGAAUCACCACUGAGGCUCUUGCUGAUGCAACAUCUGGAACGUCUUUCACAAAAAUAUACAGAACCUUUUGCAUUAGAAGUGGUCAGUCUGUUCUGCCUUUUGUCUUCAAUGACAUCAUGGGUUUAGAGUCUGGAGAAUCACGUGGUGUACAGCCGGAUGACAUUGUCAAAGCACUUGAGGGCCUCUUAAAUGAAGGAUACAAAUUCAAUCCAGCAGCACCUAUUUCUGAUGGAGAUAAAGGCUUCAGAAGUGACCCAGGAGUUCAAGAGCAGACAUUCUGCCUGGUUUACAUCAUGGCAGCUGAUAAGGUGUCAAGACAAAAUCCGGAUGUGAUUAAAAAGAUGGCGAAUAUUAGGCAAAGGGCCAGUGAACUAGAAAUUCCUCAGGUGAUCAUCAUGACAAGGGUGGAUGAAGCAUGUCCACUGGUCAAAAAAUGUUUAAAGAAAAUCUACACUAGCAAGAAGAUCAAAGAAAAGAUGGAGGAGUGCUGUAACCUUAUUGGUGUCCCGAUGAGCUUCAUCUUCCCUGUGAAGAACUACCAUGAAGAAAUUGAUACAGAAAAUGACAUGGAUGUACUGCUUCUGAGGGCACUCACACAGAUUGUACAAGUAGCAAAUGAUAAAUUACACAGAAUAAAGUACAAUGAAAAUUCAGCAUAUGACUGAACUCUAGAAAUCAAAAACGUAAUCUGGUUACCUUUGACUGGAUCAGCUUCACAAAAUACACAUCUUGCAUAUUGAGUUUUACCUGGUCUGCCGUCAUUUCUUGUGUGUUUCUGUUAUGAUCAUAUGCUGAAGCCAAGUACUAUAAACUAUAUAUAUAUAUAUAUAUA